CACCAACGUUAAAACAGCCCCACCGCGCUCCCUGCCCGCGCCUCGGGUGCGAGGCAGCCCUGCCCUCGCCGCACGCACCCGCCGGGCUGCUCCUCCGGCCCCUUCCCCGACCCGGCCCCGGCCUGGCCGCACGGAGCUGUCUACCCACGGCGGGUGCUGAACUGCCCGACGCGGCAGCGGUGGCCGGAGUCCUCCCGGCCUCUGCCCGGCGACCGGAGCCGAGGUAGGAGGCGGCGGGCGCCGCGGAGGAUGGGGGAAGCCGGCGGCGACCCCGCGCCGGCCGCCUGAGCCCGCCCGCGCCCCGCACACAAAGCCUGGCAGCGGCCAUGGAAGAGGAACUGAAGUGCCCGGUGUGCGGCUCGCUCUUCCGGGAGCCCAUCAUCCUGCCCUGCUCGCACAAUGUCUGCCUGCCCUGCGCCCGCACCAUCGCCGUGCAGACCCCAGAGAGCGAGCAGCACCUCCCGGCCCUGCUUCACCCGCGGAGCCCCGCGCCGGCCGCCGCCGCCGCGCCGGGGCCGGGAGCGGCCGCGGGCUCCGCCGCCUGCCCGGACUCGGAGUGCGCGGCGGGCGGCGGCGGGGACCACGCGGACAAGCUGAGCCUGCACAGCGAGACCGACAGCGGGUACGGCUCCUACACCCCCAGCCUGAAGUCCCCCAACGGUGUGCGGGUGCUGCCACUAGUGCCGGCGCCCCCGGGAGCGGCGGCUGCAGCUCCGCGGGGAGCCGGCCCCGCCAGCUCGUCCCUCACCUGCCCGCAGUGCCACAGGAGCGCCUCCCUGGACCAGCGCGGCCUCCGCGGCUUCCAGCGCAACCGGCUGCUGGAGGCCAUCGUGCAGCGCUACCAGCAGGGCCGCGCCGCCGCCGCGGCCGCCGCCAAGUGCCAGCUCUGCGACCGCAGCCCGCCCGAGCCGGCAGCGGUGCUGUGCGAGCAGUGCGAGGUGCUGUACUGCGCUGCCUGCCAGCUCCGCUGCCACCCGGCCCGCGGGCCCUUCGCCAAGCACCGCCUGGUCCCGCCGCCCUCACACCCGGGCGCCCCCGGCGGCGGCGGCGACGGCGGGAAGGGGGCGGGCGGCGGCCGCAAGCUGCCGACGUGCGCCGAGCACGACCUGGAGAACUACAGCAUGUACUGCGUGAGCUGCCGCAGCCCCGUGUGCUACCAGUGCCUGGAGGAGGGCAAGCACGGCAAGCACGACGUCAAACCCUUGGGCGCAAUGUGGAAGCAACACAAGGCACAGCUCUCUCAGGCUUUAAAUGGUGUUUCAGAUAAAGCAAAGGAAGCAAAAGAAUUUCUGGUCCAGCUGAAAAAUUUAUUGCAGCAGAUCCAGGAGAAUGGGUUGGAUUAUGAAGCCUGCCUUGUUGCUCAGUGUGAUGCCUUGGUUGAUGCGUUAACGCGACAGAAAGCAAAACUGCUCACAAAGGUGACCAAAGAACGUGAGCACAAGCUGAAGGUUGUCUGGGACCAGAUAAAUCACUGUACUCUGAAGCUACGCCAGUCAACGGGGCUUAUGGAGUACUGCCUAGAAGUUAUCAAAGAAAAUGAUCCCUCUGGGUUUUUACAGAUUUCAGAUGCUUUAAUCAAGCGUGUUCAGGUAUCUCAGGAACAGUGGGUCAAAGGAGCCUUGGAGCCAAAAGUGUCUGCUGAGUUUGACUUGACUCUGGAUAGUGAACCUUUGCUGCAGUCAAUUCACCAGCUGGAUUUUAUUCAGAUGAAAUGUAGGGUUCCUGUUACAGUGCCACCCGUCCCAUUACUGCAGCUGGAGAAGUGUUGCACCAGAAACAACAGUGUGACAUUGGCCUGGAGGAUGCCACCCUUGACCCACAACCCGGUGGAGGGUUAUAUCUUGGAACUUGAUGAUGGAGAUGGAGGCCAAUUCCGAGAAGUAUAUGUUGGCAAGGAGACUCUCUGCACCAUCGAUGGCCUUCAUUUCAACAGUACCUAUAAUGCAAGAGUCAAAGCUUUCAAUUCAUCGGGAGUUGGUCCUUACAGCAAGAUGGUUAUUUUACAGACGUCAGAUGUGGCAUGGUUCACCUUCGACCCCUCCUCAGCUCACAGAGACAUAGUGCUGUCGAACGACAACCAGACUGCCACCUGCAACAGCUAUGAUGACCGGGUUGUUCUUGGCACAGCAGCAUUCUCCAAGGGUGUGCAUUACUGGGAACUGCAUGUGGAUAGGUAUGACAACCAUCCAGAUCCAGCCUUUGGCAUUGCCAGGAUUAACGUUGUCAAGGACAUGAUGCUAGGCAAGGACGACAAGGCAUGGGCUAUGUAUGUUGACAACAACCGCAGCUGGUUCAUGCAUUGCAAUUCUCACACCAAUAGGACUGAAGGAGGAGUUUCUAAAGGUGCCACUGUUGGUGUUCUCCUGGAUCUGAACAAGCACAACCUGACCUUUUACAUAAAUGGGCAGCAGCAAGGGCCUCCAGCGUUUGAAAACAUUGAAGGUGUCUUCAUGCCUGCACUGAGCCUCAAUCGAAACGUCCAGGUGACCCUACACACAGGACUGGAAGUACCACAAUGUGUGAAACAGCCCAAGCAGCCCAACAAUUAAUGAAAUCCCUGCCUGACCUUGACCUGGAUUCUGUAAGCUUUCUCAGUGUGAUUUGGCACUUUUUAGUAAGUCAGUAAAAAAAGCAUUCUCUUCCCUGACUUAAAAUACUGUAUAGCAUGUUGCUCACUGAAUAACCCACUGAUUACAGCUAGCCCACUCCAUUUUUAAUUUAACAGCCAUAGCAAGCGUACCCACUGAACUGGCACUCAAUUGCAGAUGGGUACCUGAACAUAUCUACACUGCAUUGCAUACAUAUGUACACAUAUGUGCACACACACACGUGCAUUACAAAGCAAAAGGUUAAAUAGGUGUAUUUCCUCUCUUAUGGCUGUAUUUGUGCUUAAAAGAUAUUAGAGAUGCUGGAAAAAAGACUAACCUGAGGGUUGAUGGCUGUUGGAGCAAUAUGCCAGUAGGUGAACUGGAUUCCCUUGCCACCUGAAGUCCUUAAAUCAAGAAAGAAUAUGUUUUGACAGCUGAAGUGGAGGUUGUGUGCUCAAGAAUUCCUGGUUGUUCAUUACAUUCAGGGGCUCAGAUGACCAUUAAUUAUUCCUUCUGCCUCUAGACUGCAGUUAGCCAUGGGAUAACAUCCCCCUAUGAUUCAGUGGCAGAACUUAUCUCAUUGUCUUCAACAAGAGUAAGCUUGGUUUCCAAACACUGCCAUGUAAUAGUAGUGCUCAUUUUAGCUAACACCAUGAUACAUGCAGAAUUCAGACACAAAAAGUAGAGAGAAAAAUAUCCUUGAUGCAUUUUAGUGUUUGAUAUUUAGGUGUGAUAGUGGAGACUAUCACAUACAGACGCUCUCAUCAUGGUUAUAAGCACAACUCUCAAAAAACAUUGCAGGGUCUUUCAAUUGAAUUGAUAAGAGAUGUACUUUAAUACAGCAUGUGCAAGGUGUCCCAUGUAGAGAAAUGCUACUUUCUAGCCUUGAUAAGCCCUGGGCAACUGUAGUUCUAAUGUAGCUUUGAGAUCACAAGCCUUAAUUUUCUAUUAGAUUAGUGCGAGCUAAUUAAUAUCUUGCUUAAUGAAGCACUUGAGUGAGACAGAUUCACAGCAUUAUUGUGAAAUGUGUCCCUAAGAAUUUUUUUUGCACUGGGGCGUAAAUCUUUUGCAAAACUUGCCUGUGUCUGGAUCUCCCAUGAAAACAAGCAGCCGUUUUUGGUGCUGCCCAUGAAAACUGGAGGCUGACUGACAGGAACAUUUCCCCCAGCCAUGGCAUUGUUACCUGCGUGCUGUUGUCAGAUAACACACUGAUUGUGUGUGUGCUUUUCCUCUAAACCCAGCUAACAUAUGUAAGCAAAGGAGGAGGGAAGCAGCCCAGAAUGAAACAGUCCCAGCCUAUUGCACAGGCAAAAAGCAGUCUGCCAUCGUGCUGCAUGUAGCUAACCAAGCAUCCUGUAGCCCACCUCUCCUGCAGAAAGCAGUGUACCUUCAGUGAUGUCAAGACUGAAAGAGGAAAUAUACCCAUGAUGGGAAAAAAUAACAUAAGCUUUUAAGUGGGAAAGAAACGGUACUUUCUUCAAAGUCUGGAACAGAUUGUAUUGGUAAACUUGUAGACAUUGGAAUAACUGUGCUGGGCUCAUCUUGGUUUCUUGAAGAAUAGCAGAGAUUGACUGUGUUGUGAUGUUCAGUUUUGUUUAGUACCAUAUGAACUUGUGCAGGAUUUUCUGAUUAGUGGGUCUGUUUUAACCUACCUCAGCUAGAACGCUACCAGACCCUGAAUUUCCUCGUGUGCUCGUCUAUGAACAUAAAAGUUGUAAUCAUAGCAUUGGCUUUGAGUAUUGUAAGUCAGAGCGGUAUAUGGGAAUACUGUACAUAACUUGCACAUAGAUUUUUAUAUUGGGAAACAUCCCAUGAUAAUUUUAAUGCAAAUGGCACUCCACUUUCACUGGUAUUAAAACCAAAAAGGCACUGUUAGGUUUGGGACAGAACCUGUGUCUUUACUCCCAACUUCUGUGAAGAAAACUCAAAUGAAUCUUUCCAAUAUUCAACCAUUGCCAGAUGUUUAAAAUUAAUUCUGAAUGGGUUUCAGAAAUAUUUGCAGUACUUGGUUUUGGUUUUCAUAGUUGCUUUGGUGCCAGUUCCUGGUAUGUUAUACCUUGGGGAGAACACAGUGAGUGAUACAGGUUACUAAUUCCUAGUGGAAGUAUGGACAGCAAGGAGAGACAUGUUUCAGAGCUGUGGAGAAGCUCAUUUGUUACCCUGUACAUGUUUAUAAAAGUAGGGUGCAGACUAGCUACCAUGAGUCUUCUUUGAACCUAGGAGAAAUGCACUUAAAAUAAAAGGAGUGCAUUUAGAAGUAGGUAACCUGCAUUAGUAAGAAUAAUUUAGCCCAAGUCAAAAACUAAACAAAGUGGUUUUAUGUGUUAGUUGUGUGCACAUUCAAGGACUUGGGUUUGACGUGGCUCAUAGCAAUAAGCUAAUUACCCCAAUAGAGCGUAGUCUCAUGACUUCAGCUGGAUGCAUUUUGACAGUUUGAUUAAAAGAAAUAAUGUUCAAGUAGUUAGAAUUACGCUAGGAAACUAAUGACUCCACACAUGAAUAUGUAUGCAGAGCAUCCAGAUGGUGUUGGCCAUCUGAACAUAAGCAGAGUAGAAUUUUCUUUUUGUGGAACAGCAUCUAGUGGAAGAACUGGUGCACUCCCUCCUGUGCUCAGGUUGGAGGUAGUUUGCUUCUCUGCAGGUAACUUCCCAGAGGUGUCUCUCCUUAUAAACCCAGCAGUUUGCAUGCUCUUCAUCUACAGCAUCUCUUGUGCCAAUUUUUGUUUCCUCCAAAUCCCUUCUUUAGGAGGGACUCGGCCUUUCACACCAUGGUCCUUGCAGGAACUGUGUUGCUGACUGUCCAGGGAGAACCCAGGGGCCUGAAGAGUGGCAUAGAUCCCCAGGGGGAGCACUUUGGAUGUUCUUGCUUGCUUUUGAUUCUUUGGGGUAUUUGUGCAGCUCUUUGGGACUCCAAGAUCUUCUGUCACCUUGUCCUGCACAGAGCUGCCUUUCAUGGGACUUCUGCUCCUAAAGGCCAGGCUGUUCCUGAGAAGCCGGAGAGCAGAGCCUUUUGCACUGCAGUGAUUCCCAACAACUAUGGUACAAAGCCCACAUAAGGUAGCUGUAAAUUGACUUAAUGUUUAAAAGCAAAAAACCCAAACCACAAACAAAAAAAUCCUUUUCUAAUAAACAUAAUAUUUGACUUCUGCAUACACCAAUCUGGAACCCCUGCAGAGCUGCUAAAUAAAUACAGCAGGCAAACUCUCUGUCUGGCAAAGCAACAAGGGACUCUUAGUUUUUAUCGACCCCCUGAUCCCCAAUCAGGGGAUCAGAGCCUUCAUGAACCUUCUUCCUGGCUCUUUCUGCUGCCAAUUUCUCUGCUAAUUUUAGUGGGAACAAUCAGAAGAUACGUGCCACAGGAGCACUGUCAGAUUUCCCAAGGUGUGCAAUCCUACACUACUUCUGCUCCCUUCUUUUCCCUCGUCAACUCAGAAAGAGCUCACAAGAUGAUCUCUUACUACAAGACUUGACGUAAAUAUGAGCACAAGCCUAGCUGACAGUCCCUUACUACUGCUGUGGAAAGGUAUGCGCUGUAAAACAGAUGUCAGUGAGGAGAGUACCACACUGUGAUGUAUCAUGAAUUUGGAAAGCAAUUUGGCUUCUAAAAACAGAAAAAGCAGGCAAACAGCAUUGUGACCUCUUAUACUUGCCUAUUCAGCUAAGAUACCUAAGGGAAAAUAUAUAGGACUAAAAAAAAAACAAACCCCAAA